AUGUCUUUUAAAGGGAACGGAAUCGAAACUUUAAGUCCCGAAGCUUUUAACAAUCUCACCAACUUACAUAUAUUGGAUUUAAGUUCGAAUCAAAUCGAGUUUUUACCACAAGAUUUAUUUACGAAAACAAAUAAUUUGAAAAAACUCGACCUGAGCUACAACAAAUUGCGAUAUUACCCAAAAAUUCAGUACAAUUAUUUUGAAGAAGCUUUCGCGAACUCUGUACGAUACGAAGAUACUUGCAUCGAUUUAAGCUUCAAUAAUCUUCUUUUUUUAAACAAUAUAUUGUUAAAAGGAAUCAGAUAUCUUAAGGAAUUAAAUCUUAACAAUAAUAAUAUAAAAGGAAUUGGUGAAACUGCUUUCAACGACUUGAAAUGGAUUGAAAGCGUUAAUAUAGAAGGUAACGAUUUGGAAGAAUUAAAUGACGAAGUUUUGAAACUAUUAGCUAUGGCACGAAGUAUUAAUGUGGAAAAUAACCCAUGGACAAAUGAUUUUGUUUGUAAAUAUAAUAUAUGGUGUUCUAAUAAUGACGUUAUCAAUACUAUGGAUGUAAAAUGUACAUGA